CGCUAACCUCAAUUUAGGUCGCAGUACUUUCUUAGACGAUUUCUUAUCAACAAGGCUUUCCACUUCACAGUACACAGUCAGGUACUGCAGUGUUGCGCCUGAUCUUGAACAGUGUCGUGUGUGCAUAAAGUUUUAAAGUGUUUUUGUUCGAUCAUAAGUGAAAAUGGCGAUAAUUCUCUUACCAGUGUUUGCAGUGCUGGCCGCUGUUUCAGCACAAUAUGACCAAGCUCCACUUCAAGCGAAGGUGUUCUUAUCUGACCCAUUUCGCAAGAACGACAUCCACGGUAACAUAACAUUCACUCAGGUGGACACCAACAAGGUCCGAGUGGAGGGUGUGAUUGUCGGUCUACCAGCUGGCCAGUAUGGCUUCCACGUGCAUGAGAAGGGAGACAUCACUGGGGGAUGUCUGUCCACUGGACCACAUUUCAACCCUGAGCAUAAAGACCACGGUCACCCCAACGAUGAAAACAGACACGUCGGCGAUUUAGGCAACAUUGUUUUUAACGAGAACUCUGUAGCGACCCUGGACUUCGUGGACAGCGGCAUCUCAUUGUAUGGCCCGCAUUGCAUUCUGGGAAGAGCUGUGGUUCUACACGAAAAAGCUGACGAUUUCGGCAGAUCGGACCACCCUGAUUCAAGGAAGACAGGCAACGCUGGUGGGCGCGUCGCGUGCGGCGUUAUUGGAAUAUUUGAACCUGUGGAGGGUUGGUUUAAAUCCGACGCGACGACCGUCACAGCAUCAUUCAUCACAGCAUUAGCUUCUAUUGUAGUUUUAAUAAAUACUAGAAAUAACAUUUAAUCAAAGCGUUAAUUAAGUUUUUCGUUUUUCUGAUCAUGUCCGCUAUGAUUACUAAUGUUUUAUAAUGUACGCCUAUCUAUUUUUUAUAUUUUCUUAUUAUAGUUAUUAUUUAUAAAAUGAAUGUUAAAAUUUAUAAUCUAUUAUAAAUACGUAUGAUCCUAUUAGUUCACUUGAUAAGUGAGAGAAAAUGUAUUCUCUUAAGGCUAGAGGGAGAGAAAAACAUUCUAUCUCUACCAAUACUACCCUAUAAUAUAAGGCCUAUAUAUACUGAAUAUAGUACAAGUAAC